UCUCUGAGCCGCAGCUUCCAAACUGUGGGCGUUUUUUCCCCCUCAAUCCUGACUCCGGAGUGUUUUUUUUCCCCCUGGGUGUUGCCUGCCUGGAUUACAUAUUUAGAGUUCAUCGGGUGUUGCUGAGAAGGAGAGACAAGCGGGAUAAUUUCUGCAACGACAUUUUCAACUUUUUGGACCUUGCUCGAGACCAUCUCACUUUGUUUGGGUUGGACUUUUCAAGCAACACGGGACCGGUUUAUUUUAGCUGCCGUUAGCUUGCUAGGCUAACUGAGCUCAAGCUGAAGUAACGUUGACUGGGCUGCUAGCGAGAGAUCCGUCCGAUGCAGGCCAUUAAGUGUGUGGUAGUUGGUGACGGGGCUGUGGGUAAAACAUGCCUGCUCAUCAGCUACACUACUAAUGCCUUCCCAGGAGAGUACAUCCCCACAGUCUUUGACAACUACUCUGCAAAUGUGAUGGUUGAUGGGAAACCAGUAAACCUGGGCUUGUGGGAUACAGCAGGACAGGAGGACUAUGACAGGCUCAGACCCCUGUCCUACCCACAGACAGAUGUCUUCCUGAUUUGCUUCUCACUUGUCAGUCCAGCCUCCUUUGAAAACGUCCGUGCCAAGUGGUACCCUGAGGUGAGACACCACUGUCCCAACACGCCCAUCAUCCUGGUGGGCACCAAGUUGGAUCUGAGAGAUGACAAGGACACUAUUGAAAAACUCAAGGAGAAGAAACUCUCCCCCAUUAUCUACCCUCAGGGCUUGGCCAUGGCUAAAGAAAUAAGCGCAGUGAAGUAUCUGGAGUGCUCAGCUUUGACGCAGCGUGGCCUUAAGACAGUGUUUGACGAAGCCAUCAGGGCUGUCCUGUGCCCCCCACCCAUCAAGAAGAGAAAGAGGAAGUGCAUUUUAUUGUAAAGGAGAACCACGAGCAAAGGAAAGUAUGGUUGAAGUCAGAACUUGUCCACUCAGAAGGAAGAUGAUGAUGGCUGGGCUCCCCAAAUAUCUGUUCACCCCCUGUGUCCUUGCUUGCAUAGAGGCUCUGGUAGAUCAGACCUCCAUCUGAAAGAACUUGGCAGAUAUAAGCAAUGCUUAAUAUUGUCUGUAAGAUCUCAGUGUCUGGUUGCUUACAUCUGUUGAGUUUUUUCAGAUUGACAGGAAUGAAGUGACUUUGCUAAGGCCUUGGGGAAUGUGAGGUUUUGGAUUUGGGAAUUGGGGGUUGAUUAAGGAGAAAGAAGGAGGAUUUUGCUAAAAAUAAUAAUAAUAAAAAAAGAAAUUCAUGUUAUUUUUCUCAGACAUUGUGAAGAAAACACUACUUGAACAUGAUUGUAUCAUGAAAUUACAGUAGGUUUAACUCCAUAAGAGGAAGAAGUCCGGCACUGCACUCUUUCCCCUACACACUAAGAGAUUCCUGCUGCCUUGAUGAAAUUUUACUUUAAGAAAAAGUACGUUUUUUUUUUUAGAACUAGGUUUUUCUUUGUCACUCUUUUGUCAGCUGUGGUUGACAGGCCGUUUUUGUUUACAUGUAUCAUCUGACUGAGGUGUUGCCAAAACUCAGUCAUCUUUGUAGUCAGUCCAUUAAACACUAAAAUUUGAUUUUUUUUUUUUCUGUUCAAGAUACCCUCAAGCAGUUUCACCAUUAAAUUACUUCUAACAACUGUGGUAGCAGCUCUUGUCUACAGCUAACAAGAAGUCUGAAAUUUAAAACGCACUCUCUCCUAGAUAUUUAACAGGUAAUCUUCUUUUGGUGAUAUAGUCUUUCUGGAAGAAAUAUGUCACUAUGUUUUAACUGAAUACCUGCAGUAUUUUAUGACGGACUGUCGAGCAUGCGAAGGUGCAGUGCAGCCAGUGUUGUACUGGUUUAUUCUCUAUCUGUAAUGGUUAUAUCAUCGUUUUGAGUCAGUGCUCAGAAAGUGCUUUUGAUAUUCAGAUUUUUUUCUCAGUAUAUGAUGUUCAUAUUUCCAUCACGAUGGUGUGUAACCAUAUCAUUUUGGUCUCAUCUGCUAUUGUGUUUUUAUGAAGUGUAUGAGCCAGUGAAUUAGCACUCCGAGGUUUGGGUCAGCAAAUGCAUUUUAAUUUGAAUGAUGAAAUUGCAUGAGUGCCCUGGUGAACAGCUGUAUACCUGGACUCCUUUUAUCAGUGUUUCAGUGGCGCAGUGGAAGUGCACAGUUAGAUUUACUUUCUUGCUAAAUGUGGUUUCAUUUUCACAUAGUAAUAUGCUGAUUUUUUUUUUUUUUUUAAAGCAAAUAAACUCAUGAACUAAAUUACCUGAAAA